AGGAUUUUUAUUUAAAAAUCUUAUUUUUUUUACAAUGACUAAAUUAAUUCUUGCUUAUUGGGACGUUAGAUGUUUGGUGGAACCUAUUAGACUAAUAUUGGAAUAUGCAGGAGUGGAAUACGAGUUUAAAGCUUACCCUACAGGAGAAGCACCAGAUUACAGUCGUCCGGAAUGGAAGGCAGACAAAUUUUCGCUUGGAUUUGAUUUUCCAAACGUUCCUUAUCUUAUUGAUGGUGAAGUAAAACUCACAGAAAGUUGGGCCAUCAUGAAAUACCUUGGUAGGAAAUAUGAUCUCUAUCCGCAAACAGAGGAAGAACACCAAAGAUGUGACGUCGCCCAAGGGGUUGUUGAAGAUUUUCGCUACAAGUUCAUCAACCUUUGCUAUUAUUCAACAAAGGAAUCAUUCGCGAAGGGAAAGUUUGAAUUCAUGCAGAACUUCGCCGUGUACAUGGAUCGGUUUGAGCUUUAUUUGUCUAAUCACAGAUAUAUGGCCGGUGACAGAUUAACGUAUGUGGAUUUUGGUCUCUUUGAAGCUCUGGACCAAAUUAUGGUUUUUGAUGCGUCUCUGAUUACUGACACAUACCCAACUGUGUUUCGCUUUAUGUCCCGAAUCAGGGACUUAAAAGGAGUGACAACUUACAGACAUUCAAACAGAUUUAAAAUUCUGCCCCUAUUUUCAAAAUAUGCAUAUUGGGGUGGACAGUCGGAAUAAUAUUAUGUUUGUUUAUUAUAAGCAUUCACACUAAGGUGUAUUUUUUAGCAACCACCGUAACAACAAAACGAUGUUUUUGUCUUGUAUUAAUGCGCGCAUUUUCACGAUGUUAUCUUCAUUAUUUGACCAUAUGGUUCUGAUACAUUGAGUCUGGUUGUUUGUUUCAAAAAUAAAAUGUUUGUUUUAUAAGGGUUUAAACAAAUAUUUAUUAAAACUUAUAGCCCCCACUG